CGGGGCUGUGCUGAUGCUGUUUAAGUAAGCCCGCAAGCUAUAAGCAGGCUCCAAUCCCGACGUUGGCUGCCUCAAUUUUACGACCAUUUGAUACGUUCGCCACUUGGUACACGUGAUAUCUUGCCAUCUUUACACAGCUUCCCAUCCUUUUACUCGCCGCUACUAUGUCGCCAAACAUCAUGCUGCCACGUUUCUUUCCGCAAGAUUCAAUAAAACUUGGCCGCUUUCUUACAGAUAUCGAUAACCCGCACCACAACUAUCAUGAUCCAUUAUGGAACUCACCAACCAGGGCUAUAAAUUCGCCUAUCAGCUCUUAUACUGCUGUGCAUAAUACAUCUGCAAGCUCGGGGUUCAAAUCGACUCUCACAUCUUUGAUUUCUGCCGGGCUCUCGAAGCACUCAAAGACAGAGUUGUCUAUCACCACUGACAGUGCUUCGACUUUGACCCUUGACAAUACCCAAGGCUGGUUCAAGGAAGCAAUGCAUUUGCCGUCAACUCGAAGCUGGAUCGAGCAACGGAUUGACGAAGGAGAUAAUAUUUAUAUGAUUGUUGGUUUUACUUGUAUCAACAAUGCAUAUAUCUCCUAUGAGGCCUGUCGUGAGACCGCUACCGAAGGUCAAGGUCAACUUCCUAUAGCCGCAGCGCUUGCCGCUACCGGGGCUGUUGUGCCGCUAGUAGGGGAUAUACUAGAUCCAAGUAUUGGUGCAAGCCUUCAAGCCCUGGACGGAGCGCAAUCCAAGUUCCUGGUCCCUGGCGAGCAGGUCUGUGCCCUGCAGAUUUGCAAAAUUAGCCACUCGUGGUUCUCAAGCAAGCGUGUCGACACGUCCCGCCUGUCGAAACCGUGGUGGUCUUCUGUUGAGAGGUGGAGAGACGAGGAUGAUGGCGAAGAUGAUAUCAUCGAGGUCGAGCUAUCCCAGGUAGAGGAUCUAGAUGAGAAAUGGGCGAAGGUAGUUAGCGGAGAUGAGGUCUUCUUUCGUCCCUUGUUCGAAGAGCCCUAGUUGAAAAUUCAACAACUUUACACGUAUAACUUUGCAAGUAUCGGUCGCAGCGUAUACAAAACUCCUUUUUAACGGCAGUGCAAAAUAG